AUGAAGACUUCUACCCUUUAUGCCUACGUUGCUCUUGUGGGCAUGGCAAGCGCUCAUGAACCCUGCGUUGAGGGCAAACGGGUCACUAUCAGGCCUAACUACAUUGUCGAGUACAAAUGCAACAGAUACCGCCUCGGUCAGCUUCAUAACAAUAUCCUAAGUCACGAAGACUGUGCCGCCAUGUGUGAGGCUACGGGCCUCGACGUCUGCACCUACCAUGCGGAGAAGAAGAAGUGCAUCGUGGGCGACCCGAACGGUACGGAAGGCACGCGCAGUGGCGCCACCUAUAUGGUUAGGGUCCAGGAAGAGACUGAGGAUCCUUUCCCUGAGGAUGAUGAUCCGUUUCCUGAGACAUGCGAGGAGCAGAGAGAUGAUUUGAAGACUAAAUUGGAUCAAUGUCGCGCGGAUCUUGAGGCCGCAUCCAAGAAACCCUCCUGUGGAGUCGAUAAAUGGGGCGAGAACUUUUACAUCCGUAUAAAAGAUAAGACUCGCUCGGGCUGCAAGGAUGCAUGCAACGCCGAUCCCAGAUGUCUCUCUUACAGCACCUACAAGGGCGAUGGUACCCGAAACUGCUACCUUUACGACAAGGAGACCGCCGAUGUACCUGAUAGGACUUAUCCAGACUUUGUUCAGUAUGACAAACGUUGUGGUUAA